AUGUCGUUGCCUAAGCGUAUUAUCAAGGAGACAGAACGUCUCAUGGCUGAUCCGGCGCCUGGUAUUCAGGCUACGCCACAUGAGGACAAUUUGCGGUACUUCAAUGUCAUCAUGUCGGGGCCAGCCCAGAGUCCUUUUGAAGGUGGAUCCUUUAAACUUGAGCUAUUCUUGCCGGAGGACUACCCCAUGGCACCUCCUAAAGUCCGCUUCUUGACGAAAAUUUACCACCCCAAUAUCGAUAAGCUAGGUCGUAUUUGUUUGGAUAUCCUGAAAGAUAAAUGGAGUCCUGCCUUACAAAUCCGCACUGUGCUCUUGUCGAUUCAAGCGUUGCUGUCUGCUCCUAACCCUGAUGAUCCUUUGGCCAACGACGUGGCUGAGCACUACAAAACCAAUGAAAAAGACGCCAUUGAGACGAGUCGUCAAUGGACGAAAAUGUACGCCAUGGCGUAG